AAUAGGUAAGCAUUGACAUAAUGGCUUUUACUUUUGAUUAGGGAAUCUGGUGACCCAAGCAAAAGGAAGCCUUACUUGCCCUCGGACAAACAGUUUUUGAUUACUAGAAAUGUACCUUGUCUACGGAGAGCUGCAUCUGUGGCAGAGGAUUAUGAAGCUGCUGGAGGUGAAGUGUUGGUUGAUGAUGAAGAUAAUGAUGGUUGGCUGGCUACACAUGGGAAACCGAAAGAUAAAGGCAAGGAAGAUGAAAACUUGCCAUCCAUGGAUGCCUUGGACAUAAAUGAGAAAAAUGUUAUCAAAUCAAUACCUACGUAUUUUGGAGGUGGGGAGGAGGAAGAUAUUCCAGACAUGGAGGAGUUUGAUGAGGCUGACAAUGUGGUAGAAGAUGAUCCAGCAACUCUUCAGUCAACUUAUCUUGUGGCUCAUGAACCUGAUGACGAUAACAUUCUCCGAACUCGGACAUAUGAUCUCAGCAUAACGUAUGAUAAGUAUUACCAAACUCCUCGUGUUUGGCUGACCGGUUAUGAUGAGUCAAGGAUGCUGCUACAACCUGAACUUGUAAUGGAGGAUGUGAGCCAAGACCAUGCUCGUAAAACGGUCACAAUUGAAGAUCAUCCACAUUUGCCUGGGAAACAUGCUUCAGUCCAUCNGUCUUUGCAGUUUGCGCUCAGCUUUUUAUUGCUCUUUGAUAAAUGCUUUUAA